AUGCUUCUCCCCAUCACAGCAUUGUAUGAUGUGAAGCAUGACGUUGGCACUAGAGGGGUGCUGGUGGCUGCAGGGAGCCUAGCAGGCUUUCCUAGUUUUAACAGACUGUACUUAGUAGAAACUCUGUGCCUUAUAGAGGAGUGUAUGCGCUGCAACAGUGACGACUACAGAGGAAAAAUCUCCAUCACUGACAACAGCCUCACCUGCCAACACUGGGACUCCCAGACACCUCAUAAGCAUGACUACACCCCCAGCGCUCAUCUAAACAAGCAUCUUGAAGAAAAAGAGCAACGCUUGAAUAAAAUGGAACACAACAACAGUUCCGUCUACGUUUUAGACACCCAGAGAAGCCUCUGGAAGAAAACUACUGCAGGAACCUGGGUGGAGAGCCCCGGCCUUGGUGGUUCACCACCAAACCAUCCAAGCGAUGGGACUACUGCGCUGUACCUCUCUGCUUAAAUCCCACCAUUGUGUCAGACCUGACCUGUGCCAAUGGUAAUGACGAAGCACACAGUACAGAGGCCCAGUUUCUUGGAUGUGGUCUGGAAACACUUGCUAGAGUUGGUCAUCUCAGACGCUACAAUGGAUCACCAGCAACUACCCUGACAGGUAGUUGCUUCUCCUUCUUUCCCUGUCAUUUUCCUCAUUCAUCAGCUCCUCAGAAUCUUCCUUCCAUCUUCUCUGCACACUCUCCUGGGUUGUUAACUCUUUUCCAUCACCCUUACACACCCUUCAUUCCCUUUUGGAAGGAAGUGUUGUCUACAGCCAUGUCCAUCCUCUUAGCAAAGUCCA